AUGUCUACCACCAGGCUCGUUCCCAAGUGGAAUGAGUUUAUACGUUCCGUGAAUGAAACCAUUAAAAAAAGCAAGAAACCCACAGGGGACGCAAAGAGUGAUGUAGUUGUGCUGAGUGACCGAUCCCAGGCACUGUUCAAAGAAUCUCGCUAUCCCCAGACGAUGCCGCUCAUAUGCCAUUACUUCAUUGAAGCCCACUUUUUUGCCUCCCUCUCCUGGGUGACGACCUACUCAAGAGAAACACUGGCCGUAGUGUGGAUGAAGAGCAAAGCUGACGACAUGGUUGAAAGGAGAACAUUCCCAAUGACCGAGCGACUGCCGGUCAUCCAGGCCAUAGUCCACACAGGCUCCUUUCACCUCAUCGUGGCCUACUGUGUCGACUUGACUCUGAGACUCUUUGGGGACCACUUUAUGGCCUUUAAAUCCAUGUGUACCGUGCCCUGCCGCUUUGAUAUCAGCUGUCUCUGCUUUGAUCCAGAAACAAAGAUGCUGCUGUCUGGCAUCAUUGGGGCAGUGGUCACCUGGAGCAUUGAACCAAGUGGCAAGGGCCUCGAAAUGAUGCAGAUGUUUCCCACGCCUGGGGACGAACUGGUCCAGAAUAUUGUUCUGAGUGGCCCCAACGGCUGCCUCGUUGCGCUGUGUGAAACUAUGCUAAGAGUCCUCGAUCGACAGGACAAUGGCCACCUGAGAGAGGCCCAGAGGUUCACAACCACUAACGUCGGCUCUCCCAUCACCUGCUGUCUGACUAGUCUCGAUGGGAGACUCAUCUAUGCUGGGAACAAGGCUGGGGAAGUCCACGUAUGGAGCCUGGGGAGGAGCAUGGCCCUCCACAGCUUCAGGGCCCAUUCCUCAGUAGUGGUUGGUAUACAGAACCGGUCAGAGGCCCACACCUUGUUGACAGCUGGCAAGGAAGGCGUAGUUAAGGAAUGGAAUCUUACUUCAGGGAACCUGCUCCGGCGACUCGAACUUGGCGAGGAGCUCCACAAACUCCAGUUUAUCGACACCACUACUUUCUUCUGCCAGACAACUCAUACUUUCUCCUUGCGCCGUCUGCCCUGCUUCUACAAACUCUUCAAUGUCUGUGGUUCUGCUCCCCAGCAGUUGCACCGAGUCCGCUGUGAAGACAACUGUUUCCGGAUCCUGUGCACGACUGAAGAUGGCCUGUUGCGCUUUGUGUCUCCUGUAACAGGGGAUCUUUUGAUUAUCACCUGGCCCUUCUCACUCCUCGAUCGCUCUGUGGAUUGGGCCUAUGAUCCCAGUAAAGAGGAGCUCAUGGUGGCCACGGGCACCUCGGAGGUGCUGGUGUUCGACACCAGCCGCAGCCCUUGCCCAGUCAAGUAUCUCUUGUGCACCUCGCCGGAUGUUCAGGACUUCGUCCAGUGCCUGGCUUAUGGGAAUUUCAAUCUGGGGCGGGGGCUGAAGGGACUAAUAUUCUCUGGGCAUCAGAGUGGAAUAGUAAGAGUGCUUUCGCAGCACAGCUGCGUCAGAAUCGAGAAAGUCAUGCACUUUGGGGCUGUCCUGGCUCUGUCAGCACUCUACGGAGGGCUUCUGAGCAGCCGAGAAAACUCUUUGCUUUGUUCCUAUGGGAUUGACGACUACAUACAGUUGUCAGAAGUUGUGUUCGUUGGGUCCAGAUUACAACUGCGGAGCCUGGCUAGUAUUCUCAGCAGCUGUCACCUAAGACACCUAGUCCUCUUACCAAGGGCUGUAGGGGCCAUUACAGACACCAACUGCCUACGGCUCUGGAAGUUCCAUGAUUUUCUGUCCUUUGGGUCAAAACAAGGCACCCGAUUCAUAGAGACAUUGCCUCUGCACCAGUGUACAAUCACCUCCUUUGAUGUCUGCUUGCCUUUGAGUCUUUUUGUCACAGGUGGUUCUGACGGCUCUGUGCGCAUCUGGGACUUCCAUGGUCGACUUAUAGCCAUGCUGGACUCAUCACUGCACUUUGGCCCACUCUGCUUUUUAAAUGACCGGGCUGACCUGCUGGUGACUUUCAACCAGAGUAUUUAUCUGGUAUCUUGCUUAGAGUUGCUCCCCGCGAUCAUGCUCUCUCGCCUCGCCCUUAUGAGCAUAACAGAUGACAUGGUAGAAGUCCCCAAACCUUUUGCACCAAGCUUUUUCUUCUCCUUUGAGACCAUAUUUGUGCCUAAGUAUAGCUACCAAGAUCAGCGGAGACAGGACCUAAGAGGCCUGGUGUGCCUUGUCAACAAGCGGGCCAUUGCCUUUGACCAUAAAGUACCACAUGUCAUAGAAGAAGAAGAAGAUGGGAGCACUGUGUUACUGAGUGCUCACCGGAAGCAUCAUUUGGAGGGAUCUGCCUUGUAUGUGAUGAAAAAGCAACCCCAAACUCAUUAUGUGGUUCCCCCUCAGUUACAGAUGACUGCCUGGGAUGGACUCAACCCCUAUCAGAUAUUACGAUGCUACUUUGGUCAAGGGAGGAAAUGGCUUCUCGCUCCUGAUUGCCACAUCCCCAACUCAGUGAUCCGUGCCCGUCUUUGGCCAGAGGGCAGCCCCAUAUUCCUACAGUGCAGCCUGCACUCGCCCCAGCGGGAUCUGGAAUGGGAAAAGAAGCAUCCGUUCUUCUUCUGGAACAGCAAGAUAAGAGCUAUGAGUAUAACGGGGCACGUUUCAGAGAAAGAGGAUGAAAGCUUCCUAGAAAGGAGAUUAACUAAGGACAUCACUUACAGCGUCCUUACAGACGCAGCAAACCGCAGCUGGCUGGGGAAGAAGAUGAGCGAACUAGCCAUUAACAGCCUGAUCGAGGCAAUCCUCAACAUUAUGGUCCAUGCCAACCCACUUAAAUACCAAUGCUGUAUUGGUGCAUUGGGACAAAUCUUCGCCGCUUACCAGGUGUCCCCAGCCCUGCGCUCGGAGACAGCACACCAUCUGCUAGACGACACAACAAAUUCCAACCCACUUAUCCGCGAACUAGCCUGGGAAGGGCUGAAGCGGCUGGGAAUGAUCACUCACCUCUUUGCUUUGCCUCUGGCCCAGGGAUUAAUGGACAAGGACCAAAGAGUGAGGAGUAAAGCCAUGAGCCUAAUGCCUGACACUGGGAUCCAUUCAAAGAGCUCUCUCUUGAACCUCAUGCAGAAACGAGACCUUUUCCGGGAUCUGCAGCAAGAGAUGAUCGGGGAGGAGUCCCUGGACCAUCUUCUUGGGAUGCGGCCCACAGACAUUCAAAUCCUCAUCUCUCAAGUAGAGCAGCGAUUAAAUGAGAACCUGUCACUAUCCAAAGGAGAUAGAAAGCUUGACUUUUCUUUAGCCCUCCCAGGGUCUUCUGUGCUUAGUAAGCCCAUUUCCUUGCUACCUAUGGCAGCUCAUGAAGAGGUCAAGCCCAGCAAAAGCCAAAGACCAGCCCGUAAAAGGCAAGCCCGGAAACUGUUGCGAGGUCUCAGAAAAGCAAAAGAGGCUGCUAGACAGCGGAGACAAGAGGAGACAAGCUAUCAGGUUGAAGCCGAAGCGACCGAGGAUGUCCCAACCCAUUCCAGGACUUCAGUCGGGAGCCUAUUAAAGAGCCCCAGAGACAUUGAAAUUUCAGAGAAAGACAUCUUAAAGGAACACAUUGCUGUGGCCAUGAAAUUGAGAAAAAAGUCGAAAAUCACAGACAGGAGAGACAAGAAAGCUCCAAAACAAGGCAAGCCCAAGAAAAAGAAAAAAGAAGAAAUUGAAGAUGUAGUUAUAGGUGAGGAAAUCUUGCCUCCCGUAGUAGAUGUAGUGGAACCUCCCCCACGGAGGAGAAGGCCAAGAUUCUCAGGGAGGGGUGUCGGGGGGACGCCCGGUAGGGUUCUCACUGCAGAUACCCACUGGCGGGACGAUCUCUGUCAACUGGUGAACAUGAGGGUAGCUGCUUCCCAAACUCAGAUGGUGGAUGACCUAGGUCUUGAGCUACUGGCUACUGCUAAGGAGGUACUGACGGAUAAGCACCCAAGCUGGGAACUCUUUAUGGAGAUCUGCCCGCUGGUGGAGAAAGAAGGGAGUGAUGUGGCUGAGAGCAUUGAGUGGCAAGAGGAAAAAUCAGUUCUUGUUCCUGAAGAAGCAGUUGGAGAGGAGACAGUCACCACAGCCGAGGAAGAAAUGCCAGAGGCAGUAGAAGAAGAAACGCUGGAAAGAGAACUGGAAACGAAGGAGGAGGAGGAAAUGAUUCCCCAAAAGGGCAAAAAGAAAGAAAUCGCUUUCUUAGAACCAGGGGAGGUAGUCAAAGGAAGGGGAAAGCCCAGGAAGGAGGGGAAGAAAGCUAAGAAGAUGGCAAAACAGGAGAAAAUGAAAGAAGGCAUCAAAGAGAGGGCAGUCUCCACGGAGGAGGGAGAAGGAGAAAGAGAAGAAGAAAGAGAAAGAGAAGAAAGAGAAAGAGAAGAAGAAAGAGAAGGAGAAGCAAUUGAAGCAGAAAUAAAACCGGGGUGGGAAGAGAGGAGACUGCGUUGGGAAGAGUGGAAGAAGGCGUGGGACGAGUGGCAUAGAGCCCAGGGUCGAAGGGCAAUAUCUUGGGAAGAAUGGAAGAAAGAAUGUGACCGGAAGCAUUUUGAACAGCUGGAACAACUCCAGGCUGAAGGAGAGGCAGCACCAAGUGAGGAAAUAGGUGAAGCGGAGGAGAAGAUGCUGAGAUGGGACGAAUGGAAGCAGGUCUGGGAAAACGUCAUAGCGAAGACCAAGACGGAGACGGAAUUGGAUAUGGGGGAGAUAUUAUCUGAAGAAUCGGAGGAGUCUGAGGAGGAGAUUGCAGAAGAGGCUCUCACGGGAGAGCAGAGACAGCUCCGACAGGCGCGGAGAGAGGCCAGGACACAGUGGAAACAAGCCCGAGCCGAAAGACAACGAGCCAGGGAGCACAGGCUGCUAGCGAGAGAAGAGGAGAAGCUAGCCCAGGAUGAGAAAAGACUGGCCAAGGAAGAGAGGAGACUAGUCCAAGAGUAUGUGAGAAGGGCCGCGGCAGAUGGGAAGCCGGGCCACGUAGAGAUGACCCUUGGCGAGAAAGAAGAGCGUCUGGCCCAGGAAGAGGAAUUUCUAAGUCAGCAAGCAGAGCGGCUGGCCCAGAAGAAAAGAAAACUGGCCAGAAAGUUGGAGAAACUGGCUCGUGAAGAAGAAAAAACGGCAAAGAAAGCAGCCAAAGUGGCUGAGAUAAAUGCAGUGUUGGCCCAGAAAAUGGAAACCCUGACCCAAAAGGAGCUGAGUCUGGACUUGCAAGAAAAGGAGCUGAAAGAGGAAGCCAGGAGCCUGGAAUGGGACGCCAGGGAGCUGGCUUGGAAAGAGGACGAGCUCAACGAGGAAGACGAGAAACUGGCCGAGAAGAGGGAGAAGCUGGCCAAGGAGGAGAAGAUGCUCAGCUGGCAAGAGGAGAAUGUGUCCCUGGAAGAGAAAAUACUGGCCGAGGAUGAGGCCAUGCUGAUGGAGGAAGAGAGAAAGCUGUCCCAGAAGGAAGACAGGACUCCCGAGGAGGACACGGUGCUGCUGGACAGGAGGGAGAAACUGAGGGAGAAGAGAGAGAAGCUGGCCCAGGAGACGGAGAGACUGACCCAGAAAAGGAAAGAGCUGGAAGGAAAGAAGGUCAGACUGGCCCAGGAAGAAGAAACCGUGGCCCAGGAGAAGUACAUGCUGUCUCUGGAAAAGCAGAGACUGGCGGAAAGGGAAGCCACUCUCCAUGACUCCGAAGACAAAGUCCUCAAGGCGAAGGAGCAGCUACGGGAUGUGAAACCCAAGCUGGAGCUGUACAGGGAGAAGCUGUUUCACUUAACGGGCAAGCUGAAGGAGGAGAAGCAGGUCCUCCUGUCAAAGAGGGAGAAGCUGGCCGACGCAGAGGGGAACCUGGAGGAGGCGGGUGUGAUUCUGGCAGAAAAGCAAGGGAAGCUGGCCCAGGAGAAAAUUAAGUUAGCUGAUGAGAUUAAGGUCCUAAUCCUGCAAAGCAAUCUUUUCAGAGAGGAGACUGAGAUUGCUGAAGAAGGGGUGGCGCUGGCUGAGGAGAUGAAGAAGGUGGCUGAGGAGAAGGUGAGGCUAGCAGAGGAGUCAGAGCUGCUCUCCAGGAGAGGGACUGAAGAGGACAUCCUGAAGCGAAGGAUGACGGAGCACGAGAUAGACCUAAUGAAGAAGCGACUGUCACUGGAGGAGAAGAUUCUGGCCUAUGAGGACAGACUGUUGGCUAUUGAGGAGAAGAACGCCGCCAAAGGGGAGCUGGAGCUUAGCAGAGGGCAGCGGAUACAGGUCCACGAAGAAAGGAAGUUAGCCAAAGCGACCAGGAGAAUGGGUAAAGAGAUGAGUGUCUCCGGGGAUCUAGCACAAACAAGAAAAUCCUUGAAGGUGCUUCAAAGGCUAGUCAGCAAAGCAAGGAAGGCGACCCAGAAAGAGGCAAAGAUGACGAAGAUAAAGCGGACGCUGGCUGUGAAGGAGGCCAGGCUAAGUAAGGAAGAGGACAGACUCGACGCGAAGGAGCUGGAUGCGUACGAAGAAGAACCGGAAGUCAUCAGGGAUGAGAAGAAACUCGCUGAGAUGCAGAGACAUCUGGCCAAGGAAAUGAGAGAACUGAAAAGCCAAGAGCAGAGAGUGGCUGAGGAAGAGCACUCGCUUGUCCUGGAUAUGGUAGAGCUCCCAGAGGAGGGCGAAGACCUUCAGGGAGAAGAGGGAGUCUUUAGAGGCUCGAGGAGGAGGAGACAGACACCGUCAGGGCCCCUUCCUGGAACGGAAAAGUUUUACGAUCUGUUAGAACAGGUGGAGUGUAAGGAGAGCUUUACCAAGGAGAUGGAAACCCUGAUAGAUGAAGUAGAGAAAGACGAGGAGAUAGCAGAGGAGGAGGAAGAGGAGGAGGAACAGGAGGAGGAGGAGGGAGAAGAGGGGGAGGAGGGAGAGGAGUGGGAGGAGAAAGUGGAGGAGAUAGAGGAGGAGAAAGAGGAGGAGGAAAUGGAGGAGGAAAUGGAGAGAGAAGAGGAGGAGGAACAGGAGGUAAAGGAGAAAGAGGAGGAGGAGGAGGAGAAGGGGGAGGAGGAAGAGGAAGAGAUGGGAAGGGUGUAUGAGGAGGAGGAGGAGGAGAAGGAGGAGGAAGAGGAGGAAGUAGAGGACGAGGAGGAAGAGGAAGAGGAGAAACGCCUAUCGGGAGAAGCGAAGAAGAAAGAGGUGCUGUUAAAAAGAGAAAUGCUUAAGGCACAGGAAAUGAUGAGGAGGGUCAUCCUGUCAAAAAGGGAAAUGCUCCAUCCCAUUGGACAAGGACUCACUGAGCUCAGAGGGACUGCUGUAAAGCUGGAGGGACUGAAAAGCCCUCCUGGAAAACGGACUCCAGUAGCUGAGGAGGUGGAAAGGAAGAAGCCAUUGCCGCAAGAAGUGACGAAAGCAGAAGAAAAGGCUUCAGCCUUUGAGACAUCCAGGAUAACCCUAAGGACAAAACUGAUGGAUAAAGAGAGGGAAUUGUUGGAGAAAUACCAACCAGAGCUCCCACCCCUUUUGGAUGCCACCUCAGAGUAUGAACCGACACCCAGCAUCAAACCAUUCACAUCUCAGUUGCUUACAAGAGCCGUGAAAGCUCGCAAACUCCAACCCCAAGCACCACAAGCCAAAUGGGUUUUGCAGCGGCAUCCUCCUCUGGCAGGACAAGCAAAGGCACAGGCGCCUCUGCCUGAGAUCUCGACAGAGGAACGCUAUCCCGUGGGAGGAAUGUCAGACUUCGAAUGGCUGCAUAGUGUCUUAGGACAGAUGCAAGCAGGAGAAGAACUUAGUAGAGACAGUUUCCACAGACUGUGUCAGCUCCUCAAAGACCUCACCUCGACGGGAGAUCUGGAGUGGCUGCAUGUGGCAAUACUUGAGGUCAUCGUGAACCGUCACAAGCAGACUGUGGACUCUCAGGGCACAGUAACUUCAAAACCUGGCAGGGAAUCUAUGAGCCCCAAACACCACAAAGUGAUUCCUCCUAUAAAGGGAAAGGAAAAGGAAAGCUGGCAAAAACCGGCUAUCCCCAUACCAGGGUCCCCACUAGCUACCAAGAGGGUUACAGACCCAAAGGCUAUGCAAUGGCAUCUUCUAGGAGAGCCAUACAGAAGUGCACGGGUGCAGCAGUUACUUAAUGUUCUUGAAGACAUGGAGAUGCGGUCUUCGGAUCCUACCACAAGAGACAUUUUGACCAGUGCCCCUCCUUCCGUAAACAAACAAACCUUGGCACUAUUGUUUCAAAAGGACUUUGGGGAUCUUAAAGGUAAGAGCAGAUAUCCCAAACUGCCUAAGUUGGAGAAAAAGCCUAUCUUAAAAAAAGAAGCACUACCUCCCUGGGAGACGUUUGUGGCGCUCUACCAUAUUUUGCGGGUUCUACAGCAGCGGUAUGCCAAAGACAUGGCUACUUGGAUGGAAAAGUUUGACCAGCUCAUGGACCUUUACCAGCUUCAGUCCCCCCGAAUCCAGAGGCUGCUGCAGGACCUGCUACUGGCAAAAGAGCCUCAGUCCCAAGAGUUCGUCUCCAAAGAAACUCUGAAGGCCGUGGAGCUAGUGCCCGGGCAGCGGCUGUUAUACUGCUUGGUUUGUGGUAGCUCCCAUUCCCCACAAAUGCCUCUUGAGUUUCAGGAAGUGAUUUCACUUCCCGAGCAGAAUAAUGUGCACACCAUUCGACCUAGAGGCAUUGCCAAGUAUGGGAUCCUUGAACUUGCCUGGAAGAGUCUGCCCCAAGCUGAUAUUCACCUCAUCAAGAAAGCACCCCAUGCCAUCGUUCACGCCCCCUGACUUGAGACUGACUACCCAUGCCAUCGUUCACGCUCCCUGACUUGGGAUUGACUACUCAUGUUAUCGUUCAUGAUCCCUAACUUGGGAUUGACCUGACUAGGGACUGACUACUCAUGUUAUUGUUCAUGCUCCCUGACUAGGGACUGACUUCCCAUGCCAUCGUUCACGCCCCCUGACUAGGGACUGACUACUCAUGUUAUUGUUCACGCUCCCUGACUUGAGACUGACUUCCCAUGCCAUCGUUCACGCCCCCUGACUUGGGACUAGCUAAAUGUCAAGAGUUUUAAUUCUCAAAUGGAGAAAUGCAGAAACUAGACCUUUAUCUCCAGGGCCCACACAGAAGUAGAACAAGGUCAAAGUUGUUGUUGUUUUUCUCUACCCAGCUCUAGAAGCCAGUUUCUGUAUAUGGAAUAAAGAGAAAAUUCUCAUUUGUAA